AUGGCCGCCGCCGCUUCUCCCAAUCCUCAUCUCCUCACGCCCGUUGAGGACGCCCUCCUCGCCCUCGCACCCGCGCCAGAGGGCAGUUCGGCAGUCGUACGAAGCGCAUGUACAGCUGAGCCAACAGACGCACUCACCUCCCCGCUCGCACGCCGCCUCUUCCACCUCGAACGCGACCCUUCCUCUCACAAGCUCAGUGUCGGCGUGCGGUAUCCGGCGGAAGGAUGGGCAGCGGAGGAACAGGUGGACGUGCUGGCAGCUGCUGUGGCGGCGCUCCAUGCGUACGCCCAGGUCAAUUGGACGGGACCCUCGCUCGCCCUCUCCCCUCUCGAGCUGUUCUCUCCCGACGAGGUCGCGGCGACAGGCGCGACAGACGCCGAGCUGAACGACCGAGCGAUCGACGAGCUUGCGCUGGGCGGCGAACCGGUCUACCACUUGUCGAAGAAGACGACGUUCGCCUACCUCGCCCUGCAACUCUUCGGACUCGUCCCUUCGCCUUUCUCGCUCUCAUCCGCCUCGUCUUCCGCCGCGAAACCCCACGGACCCGCAUGGACGCUCGAGAGCGUCAAGAUCUGGCGGCUGCGAGCCGGGAUCAUGUGGCUCCGGAUCCUCGACGAACCCGUCCCUCUCCCCUCGUUCAUCCAAUCCGACGCCCACGCCCUCCGACACACUCUUCCCGCCCAUUCCCCGGCCCGCGCCAGCCUCACUCUCACCCUCUCGCUCCUCGCUAGCUUACUGAGCCGGUCUAGCCCGCACUCGACGGCGCAGAAGGAGGCGACGGUGUUUGCGAAAGAGGCGGCGAAGGAUGCGGGAUUGGAGUGGGAGUUGACGGGCAGGAUGGGCAAGCGGACCAAGUGGCAGAUUGACGAGAAGACGCAGUUGGUCGUCCUUGCGAGGGAUGCAACGUCCGCAUCGAAGAAGAAGGAGGACAAGGAGGUGGAUGCGACGGCGGCCAGGAUCCCCGAGAUGCUUGCGCUGAACGACGACACUUUGCUCGAGCGGACGUCCUACACCGACGCAGCACCCGCCACCUCGUCCGACUUGGCCGCCCUCGACCCGUCCGACCAGCCGUCCAUCUCUCCCUUCUCGCAAUCCGUCCUCCUCUCGCUCUCGCUCGCCACCCUGCCCGCCCCAACCUCCCUUAUGCACCUCUCCUCCGACGUCCUCUCGACCUCGCAAAUCUCCGCCUUUGUCGACCGCGUCCUCGGCGACCCGCAAAACUGGUCCGUCCACUCGAUGGCGCUCCUCCUCCGCUGCCGAGCCGAAGCAGGCCGGUCGCGCACCGUCGAGCGCGGAGUCCUCCAGAUGCAGGCGCUCGUCGACCAGCUCAAGGACGGCUCGCCGACCGAGGUGUCGGCCAUCUCGUCGGCCGUCAAAGCCGAAGACAUGGCUUCGGCGCGGGACCGGCUCGCGCAGUUCCAUGCCCUUGCGCUCCCCCCUGCAUGGGAGAUGGAGCGCGAGCUCGCCGUACGAUACAUGUCGCUCGGGAUCGUCAAGUCCGCACUCGAGAUCUUUACCCGCCUCGAGAUGUGGGAGGAAGUCGCGCGGUGCUGGAUGACGCUUGAGCGGCCGGACCGCGGAGUCGACAUCAUUCGCGAGUUGCUCGAGGGACGCAAGGCCGAGUCGGACGUCGUGAUGAACGACCGCAAGGGCGAUGGGGCGCGCAGGUUCAAGGGCGGCGAGAAGCGCGAGGCCAAGCUUUGGUGCACGCUGGGCGAGCUCGAGCGCAAGCCCGAGCACUACGAGAAGGCGUGGGAGGUUUCGGGUCACUCGUCGAGCCGCGCACAGCGGUCGCUCGGCGCCGUCUACUUCUCGCGCAACGAGUACGACAAGGCGCGCGAGUCGUUGCGGCUCGCACUCGCCAUCAACCCGCUCUUCCCGCGCACGUGGUUCAUGCUCGGGUGCUGCGAGAUGCGCCUCGAGGACUGGAAGGGCGCGCAGGAGGCCUUCUCGCGAUGUGUCGGGCUCGAUGGCGAAGACGCCGAGAGCUGGUCGAACCUCGCGAGCUGCCACUUGCGGCGGGGCGAGAUUGAAGGUGACAAGCGGGCGGACGGCGAGGCGGACGAGGAGCAGGACGAUGCGGGACUCGACGAGGAGGAGGACCAGCGGGAUGACGGAGAGCGUGAGGCGGUCGUCAAGCUGCCGUUCUCGCGGAAACGCACGGCGUUCCAGUGCCUGCGCCAAGCGAUCAAGUACUCGUACGACUCGUGGCGCCUGUGGUACAACUACAUGGUCGUGGCGAUGGAUGUUGGCGAGCUGAGCGAGGCGUGCCGCGCGCUCGACCGGAUGGUGGUCAUGCGGAUCGAGAAGGACGGCGAAGCGGCUGUCGACCUCGAGGUGUUGGAGAAGCUCGUCGACGCCGUCACCCGCGCCGACUCUGAGGCGACCAUCGACGCGGGCGAGCGUGCCGUCAAUCCGAACGAGGGCAAGGGACUGUACCGACCCGUCGAGCACCUCUUGACGCACACGAUCCUCCCGCACGUCUCAAACUCGCCUCGAGUAUUCCUCGCACACGCACGGCUGCUCCUCUGGGCGCAAGACUACGCCGGCGCGCUCGAUGCACACUUGAAGGCCUACCGCGCAGCAGUGGUCAACAACCCGAAUGUCGCGCACGACCGGACGGCGUUCCGCGAGGCGGUCGAGCAGGUCGAGACGGUCGUGUCGAUGCUGGAGAACCUCGGGCCGAAGGACGGCAAGGAUGGCGCGGUCGUCGCCAAGGACUGGAAGUUCCAGGCGCGGUCGCUCGUGCGGACGUUCUUGGGACGGACGAGGGAGUCGUUCGAGGAUGAGCCAGAGUAUGCGCGAUUGAAGGAGCUGCAGCAGGAGUUGCGGUAG